AUGUCAGUGCAACCGAAAUUACCACCAACAGAAAAAUCAAAUGAACUUCUUCGAUUUUGCUUUGCGAGCUUUUCUCAAGGAUUUACAGGUUUUUGUACUAAUCCAAUCGAUGUGAUUAAAACACGUAUGCAAGUAGAUGGAGAACUACAAAAGACAGCGAGUGUUGGUCAACAAAUGACCAAUCGUUACUAUCAAGGUUUUAUUCGUGGAACAGUUCGUAUUGUACGCGAAGAAGGUUUUGCUGGCCUGAUGCGUGGUGCUGUUCCUGGAACACUCCGAGAUGCUACUUAUUCUGGUAUGCGUAUUUAUCUUUAUGAACCAUUCAAAAAUUUAAUCGGCGGUGGUAAUCAUCUUCACGAAAAGAUUAUAGCUGGUAUGUGUGCAGGUGCUAUAUCGAGUUUUUUUGCAACGCCACUUGAUGUUGUUAAAAUUCGUCUACAAGUCAAAGGUGAACGACGGUAUCGUGGUUUAAUGCAUGGUCUUAUUGAUGUAGGCAAAACCGAAGGUUUAGCAGGUCUCUACAAAGGUUGGGCACCAACAAUGAUUCGUGCUGCUGUCCUCACUGGUAGUCAAGUUGCGUCCUAUGAUCAAAUUAAAAGAUUUCUUAUUGGCAAUGGUUACAUGCAAGAAGGUAUACCACUGCAUACAGUAGCUUCGUUUUUUGCUGGUCUUAUUUGUUCCAUAACAACAUCACCAGUCGAUGUUAUUAAAACUCGAUAUCAAAAUACACCUGCUCACUUAGGCAAAUACUCAAGUGUACUGGACUGUUUUCUCCAAUCAUUUAAAGCUGAAGGCUUCUAUGGUCUCUACAAAGGGUUUUUACCGAAUUGGAUGCGUCUUGGACCACAUUCAAUCAUGGCUUUUCUUAUCUAUGAUAAUAUGUGUAUUGCAUGUGGUUUGAAACCAAUUUAA